CAAACAAGCAAACAUGUACACAAAGGUCGUAAUCUUCAUGUGCGCCGCGGGCAUCGCCUCCGCUGGCAACCUUCUCCACGCCGCACCAGUCGCGUACAGCUCUCCAGUGUCCUCCGUAUCUUACUCCUCUCAAACUACUGCUCACGCUGCACCGCUGGCGUACGCCGCCGCUCCUGUUGUCACCAAAACACUCUCUCCAGCUGUAUCCUAUCAAACUAUCUCUACACACUCCUCCCCUGCCGUCGCUACUUACUCCGCACCCGCCGUGGCUGCUUACUCUACACCCUACGUGACUAAGACCAUCGCCGCACCCUCAGUCUACGCCUCCGCACCUGUAUCUUACUCUUCCGUGGCUCACCCAGCCGUGUCAUACUCAUCAGUUGCCCACGCUGGUCCAGUAGCCACUUACGCUGCCGCUCCCGCCUACACUACUUACGCUGCGGCUGCUCCCGCUUACUCCACGUACGCCGCCGCACCCUUAGUGAAGUCUGCCAUCACUUACUCCGCCGCACCCGCGGUCUCUCACGUCUCUUAUUCCGGCUUAGGCGCUUCCUAUGGAUGCAUCUGCUCUUCAAUCGAAAUUCAUUCCAACCACAACAACAAACGAGCAAACAUGUACACAAAGGUCGUAAUCUUCAUGUGCGCCGCGGGCAUCGCCUCCGCUGGUAACCUUCUCCACGCCGCGCCAGUCGCGUACAGCUCUCCAGUGUCCUCCGUCUCUUACUCCUCUCAAACUACUGCUCACGCUGCACCGCUGGCGUACGCCGCCGCUCCCGUUGUCACCAAAACACUCUCCCCAGCUGUGUCCUACCAAACUAUCUCUACACACUCCUCCCCUGCCGUCGCUACUUACUCCGCACCCGCCGUGGCUGCUUACUCUACACCCUACGUGACUAAGACCAUCGCCGCACCCUCUGUCUACGCCUCCGCACCUGUAUCUUACUCUUCCGUGGCUCACCCAGCCGUGUCAUACUCAUCAGUUGCCCACGCUGCUCCAGUAGCCACUUACGCUGCCGCUCCCGCCUACACUACUUACGCUGCGGCUGCUCCCGCUUACUCCACGUACGCCGCCGCACCCUUAGUGAAGUCUGCCAUCACUUACUCCGCCGCACCCGCGGUCUCUCACGUCUCUUAUUCCGGCUUAGGCGCUACUUACGGAUGCACUGGUGAUAAAAAAUAUCCGGCUGAGUUUGAAGAAGGCUCUUGGAGAAUCGUAGUAGAACUGUACAACUACACUACACAACUGUACAAAAUUACUGGUGUAGCUCAUAGACUUGCUCGAACAAAUAUAGCUCGAGAGAUCGAUGGAGCAAACAUGUACACAAAGGUCGUAAUCUUCAUGUGCGCCGCGGGCAUCGCCUCCGCUGGCAACCUCCUACACGCUGCGCCAGUCGCGUACAGCUCUCCUGUGUCUUCCGUGUCAUACUCCUCCCAGACUACUGCUCACGCUGCGCCGCUUGCGUACGCUGCCGCUCCCGUUGUCACCAAAACACUGUCUCCAGCCGUAUCCUACCAAACCAUCUCUACCCACUCCUCCCCCGCCGUCGCUGCGUACUCCGCACCAGCCGUCGCUGCUUACUCUACACCCUACGUGACUAAGACCGUCGCCGCACCCUCAGUCUACGCCUCCGGGCCUGUCUCUUACUCGUCCGUGGCUCAUCCGGCCGUGUCAUACUCAUCAGUCGCCCACGCCGGUCCAGUAGCCACUUACGCUGCCGCUCCCGCCUACACUACUUACGCUGCGGCUGCUCCCGCCUACACUAGUUAUGCUGCGGCUGCUCCCGCUUACUCCACGUAUGCCGCCGCACCCAUAGUGAAGUCUGCUAUAACUUACUCAGCCGCACCCGCAGUCUCUCACGUCUCUUAUUCCGGCUUAGGCGCCACCUACGGAUGGUAA